GUAGCAUCAAAAAGUUUAAGUGAAACUUGUCGCACUGAUCUUAAAGUUCAGUUUCUUACUGCUGUGAUGAAAAAGUACAAAAACAAAAAUGACAAAGUAUUUUUCUACAAAGUGAACUAUGUAACAGUGUUGUGUGGUCAUUGGAGUGAUCAUGUGUUAGGCUGGUGGAGGCACAGGGAUGAUCCCAAUGUCUUAUUUCUCAAGUAUAAAGACUUGAUAAGUGUUACUGCUGAAGCAAACAUCAAGGAUUUGCACAGCAAUGUUUGUACAAAAGCCAAAUUCCUUGGUAAACAGCUUUCAGAAGAUAUCAUUACAAAAAUUGCUGAACAGUGCCACUUUGAAGGAAUGAAGAACAUGUCAAAUUACUGGUUGGAGGGCACAGCUCCAAAACUGUUACGCAAAGGAAGGAUUGGUGAUUGGAAAAAUUACUUCACCCCAGAACAGAACAAGAUGUUUGAAAAUGAGGUUGUGAAUAAGCUGAUAGGGACUGGGCUGGAAUUUGACUUUGAAGGUUGAGCUUGUUUAUUGUCUUGAAAAAGAUUUUGAAAUGUUAUCUACCUUUGGUAGUAUGUAUUACAAUAGAAUAUGGGGGUAACUUUCUGAUUACCAAUAAUUGUGGAAAUAGGACUGAGUGGAGUCCAAUUUGGUCUGUAAUCAUACGAGUGAUUAACAAAUCAGACAACCAUGAAGUGGGAGUCCAAUUUGGUAAUCAUGAGCAUGAUUACAGACGGAAUUGGAUGAUAUGAAGUCCUGUUACCAAUAAAUCAAAAUUAUGACAACAUUUGAGAAAGAAAUUAGACAUCAGUUAUUCAAAAAAAAAAUCAACAGUUAACUCAGCAAAAUGCCAGACAACUGUGCAGGCACCCUUAACUGUCCUAUUACACUGUCCAAUUACAAGCAUGAAAAGUACACUGUCCUAUUAGAGCUCAAGGAGGCCAAUUUACAUUAUUAACUCACUUGAUAAAACCAAUCUGUUCAUUUUUCAGUUACUGUAGAAAUUUGUUGGCCAUUGGUUUGGCAAAAUAACAUAGAUAUCACAGUUUUCAUGAUGUUAAUUUCUCCAUAACAAAGUUAAGAGGUUUGACCUGUUUAAGGAAAGGAUCAGUAAUGGGUAUCACAGGAACAGAUGCUACUUCUAAAUACUAUUAAAUCAUUUUGAUUAUUACAUGUAAAAAAAGUUUUUAAUUCUUUUCAGUGGUUUCUGUUACAAAUUAAUUAGUUAUGGUGGGUCCACCUUAGCUUCAAGUUGUAAAUUUUUUACAUACUGUAACAAAUAGAAGUAUGUAUGUAUAAUUGAAGAUUAUUUCAACUUAAGAAUACAGAAGUAUUUAAGCCACUCCAUUGAAGGAAGAAUAAAGCUUACACAUUGAAACUAAAAAGAUGUCUGUGUAAUAUAAU